CUCUGGGGAGAGUCAAACUGGAUUCCAUAGGGAAAGCCUGCAAAUCACUUCUAUUUUAGCAAGGAGAAAACAGAAUUUCCAUCCAGCAGGGUCCACCCCUCUCUUUCUCCCUCUCCUCUCCUUCUCUUCUCUCUCUCUCCCUCCCCCCUUCCUCUCUCCCUCUUUCUCCCCCCUUCCCCCCACCCCAAUCUCCCUCUCUGGUGUAUCUGUCUACGGCAACCAGCGUCCUCCUCAUCUACACGCACUGAAGGAAAGAAACAUCUUUGGUUGGGAGAGAAGGAGGAAAAAAAAAAGAGAGGAAAAAAACUUGCCUGGUUGUGGAAAAUGACACUUGAAGUAGCAAAGCCGGCAGCGCGAGUUGAGUCUAUUGUUUCUUAAAUUGCCAUCAGGGCUUUUUUUUUUCUUCCUGCUUCUUCAAGUGAAGGGUACCUCUGCAAAAGGAAACUCCAGCCCCUCCUGCCCUCCACCGGCCUGUGAUCAUUACAAAAAAAAAAAAAAAAAAAGCAAAAAAAAAAAAGCGAAAAAAAAAGCACCCAAACCAAAAAUUAACCAACCAAACAACCCCCAACAGCCAAGCAUACAUCUCAUUUUUUUUUUUUAUUUUGGUCUUUUCGUUGGAUUUUCCCUUCUUUUUUCUCUGUCUUUUUUUCGGGUAAUCGCUCAGUUUUGAGCGAGGGUUUACAUUUUUAAAAAAAAAUUUGCUUUCUAGCCCGCCUUGAUCUUCCAGCGCGAGUUCAUCGUCUCAAAAAAAAAAAAAAUCUCUGGCUGGCGUUUUUCUUUCCUUUUUUUUUUUUUUAAAUAUUUUCAAGGGGGAGGAGAUUUUCCACAAGAAAAGGUUGUUUUCAUGUUUGGGAUUCAGGAAAGCAUCCAACGGAGUGGAAGCAGCAUGAAGGAAGAGCCGCUGGGCAGCGGCAUGAACGCGGUGCGGACGUGGAUGCAGGGCGCCGGGGUGCUGGACGCCAACACGGCGGCGCAGAGCGGGGUGGGUCUGGCCCGGGCUCACUUUGAGAAGCAACCGCCUUCCAAUCUGAGGAAAUCCAACUUCUUCCACUUCGUCCUGGCCCUCUACGACAGACAGGGCCAGCCCGUGGAGAUCGAGAGGACAGCCUUUGUGGGGUUCGUGGAGAAAGAAAAAGAAGCCAACAGCGAAAAGACCAAUAACGGGAUUCACUACCGGCUGCAGCUCCUCUACAGCAAUGGGAUAAGGACGGAACAGGAUUUCUACGUGCGCCUCAUCGACUCCAUGACAAAACAAGCCAUAGUGUAUGAAGGCCAAGACAAGAACCCAGAAAUGUGCCGAGUCUUGCUGACACACGAGAUCAUGUGCAGCCGCUGUUGUGACAAGAAAAGCUGUGGCAACCGAAAUGAGACUCCCUCAGAUCCAGUGAUAAUUGACAGGUUCUUCUUGAAAUUUUUUCUCAAAUGUAACCAAAAUUGCCUAAAGAAUGCAGGAAACCCACGUGACAUGCGGAGAUUCCAGGUCGUGGUGUCUACGACAGUCAAUGUGGAUGGCCAUGUCCUGGCGGUCUCUGAUAACAUGUUUGUCCAUAAUAACUCCAAGCAUGGGCGGAGGGCUCGGCGGCUUGACCCCUCGGAAGGUACGCCCUCUUAUCUGGAACAUGCAGCUACUCCCUGUAUCAAAGCCAUCAGCCCGAGCGAAGGAUGGACCACGGGAGGCGCCACUGUGAUCAUCAUAGGAGACAAUUUCUUUGAUGGGUUACAGGUCAUAUUCGGUACCAUGCUGGUCUGGAGUGAGUUGAUCACUCCUCAUGCCAUCCGGGUGCAGACACCUCCUCGGCACAUCCCCGGCGUGGUGGAAGUCACAUUGUCCUACAAGUCCAAACAGUUCUGCAAAGGGACUCCGGGAAGAUUCAUUUACACAGCGCUCAACGAGCCCACCAUUGACUAUGGUUUCCAGAGGUUACAGAAGGUCAUUCCCCGGCACCCUGGAGACCCUGAGCGUUUGCCAAAGGAGGUCAUCCUCAAAAGGGCCGCGGACCUGGUGGAGGCGCUGUAUGGGAUGCCACACAACAACCAGGAGAUAAUUCUGAAGAGAGCAGCCGACAUCGCAGAGGCCCUGUACAGCGUCCCCCGCAACCACAGCCAGCUCCCGGCCCUCACUAACACUUCGGUCCACGCGGGAAUGAUGGGCGUGAAUUCCUUCAGUGGACAGCUGGCCGUGAAUGUCUCCGAGGCGUCACAGGCCACCAAUCAGGGUUUUACCCGCAACUCAAGCAGCGUAUCGCCACACGGGUACGUGCCGAGCACCACCCCCCAGCAGACCAACUAUAACUCUGUCACCACGAGCAUGAACGGGUACGGCACUGCCGCCAUGUCCAAUUUGGGCGGCUCCCCCACCUUCCUCAACGGCUCAGCUGCCAACUCGCCCUAUGCCAUUGUGCCAUCCAGCCCCACCAUGGCCUCUUCCACAAGCCUCCCCUCCAACUGCAGCAGCUCCUCUGGCAUCUUCUCCUUCUCACCAGCCAACAUGGUCUCGGCCGUGAAACAGAAGAGUGCUUUCGCACCAGUCGUCAGACCCCAGACCUCUCCGCCUCCCACCUGCACCAGCACCAAUGGGAACAGCCUGCAAGACCAGUCUUUUGUGGACUCUAGCAAGUUCUCCACUGCAGGGUCUCUCCCGGGACUGGCCUUCUCCUGAACGAUAUCUGGCAUGAUUGUUCCUCCCAUGUGAAAGAAUUGCCUUGAAGAAUUUUAUUAAUGAAGAGGUUGGAUUCUGCUACAGACAGAGAGUAAUCUGAUACAAGUCCCAGAGUGGAACUUUUAACUCAGGCCUUUUUAAGAGGAAUCACAAUUACUGCAGAUUUUUAAAAACAAACAAUAUCACCGACCUUGCAAAUACUGAAAUUGGAAGGGAUCUCUGAGUGCAGGAUGCUGGUGAAAGUUGUACCUCCCAGAUGUUUGGGGGAUAUAUUUAUUCUGUGUUCAUAAAAGCAAAUCCACUUUUUCUUUCUUUUCUUUCCUUUUUUUUUUUCUUUUAAGCUUCACUCCGCAGUCAUUUGUCUUUUACGAACCGUAAAGCUGUACACACAGGACACUAUAAAUAAGACCCCAUGUUUUAACUUAUGAUGUUUUUAAAGCUGUGUAAAGGGAGAACGAAGUGGUGAUAUUUACAAAAAAGUAAAAAAAAGAAAAAGAAAAAAGAAAAAAAAAGCUUGUAUGGGACAGAAUAGGAAUGCCAGUUAGAUUUUUUAGAAAACUAAGAGUUGGCUUUUGCGCCUUAAAGCAUAUCAGAUGGUAGUUAGCUCAGACAGUGCAUUGUCAGUAUCUAACUUAACAGGCCACCCCUUAGCAGUGCAAGCUUACUUAUCUCUUUUGUAUUGUUGUCUUAAGUAACUGUGUAAAUAAAUGCAGCCUGCAGAGUUACAAAGUGAUGUUAAGUGAUCACAUUUUUCCCUUCUACUCAAAAAUCCAGUGCCUCUAGACAGAUUGUUAAAAACUGCAUAUUUAAGCCCGAUUAUCAUUCUCGCUUUUCAUUCUGUCAACUGCUUCUGAGGCCGGUGGCCUCUCGAGAGCUUGGUGGCACACAGCGUGUGAGAGUCUCCUUUGAAUCUUCAUGGAACAGGGUCCAGGCACAGAAUUCCACGUGAUGCCCUCCAGCGAUCAAGCCAAAAUCCCUCUUACACUCCCACCACCCACAAGGUAAAAGUUUACGCAUCCCGAACGCUGACUCCACACAUAUCCUCCCAAAGCUGACAAAAGCAAGCUGGAGAGAGAGAGAUAGGGCUCCCAUCAGUCAACCCUAGUAUCUGUAACACAGUAGAUCCAAAGGAUAGGUGAAGUGCUUUGGAAUCAAGAGUAUGAGAAAACUGGGAGAAAGGAAAAGAAGGUCGAGACCUCCGAAACACAGUUUUCUGUUCUUCGGAAAUGUUUGCUCUCGUUAUCUGGAAAGUGUUCUUAAAAAGAAGGAUAGCAAAGACGCAGCAAAGCUACGAGGAUGCAUUUGCCUGAUAUUUUUUUCUUUGCUGUUGUGUUUUUGUAUGUAGUUAUAAAUACUGUAGAUUUUUUUUUGUGAUUUUUUGCCAAAGUCGUUGUUCUAUUUAUACAUUUUAAUGUCUUAAGACAGUUUUUCAAUAUCGCAAAAAGAUUUUACGGCAUAUUUUGCAAAGGAAAAAAAAAGCUCACUACGUUUAGCUUGCACAUAUUUGCAAAAUUAAUUAAAAGGCUUUCUGUUUUAAAGAGGAUUUUGUAAAAUAUCCAUAUAAAUAAUGUAUUUAUCUUUGGAAUUUGUACAUUGCUUUCCCUUUCUUCCUUUUCCUCCCACCCUCUAUUUUAUUGUGUAUGUUGGCUAUGUGAAAAGUGCAUAUUUGUUUGGUCACCUACAGUUGUAUUAGCUGUUUCAAUGGGAUUUUUAAACAUUUCAUUUAUAGUUAUUUUUAGUAUUGUUUUAAAACCAUGCUUCAAUUUUUUUAAAAUUUCCACCCAAAAGCCAUUGUCUAUUUUUGUAUUAUUUGUAAGUUAAGAAGUUUUUUCCAAUAUAUGGCAAAAAAAAAAUAGUAGCAUAUUAUUCUUGUAGCAUUUAGUUCUGUAGAUUAAAAAAAAUGUAUCCUUUGCUUUGGAAGCUUACAAAAAAAAUCCAACCCUAAUGCUGUUUUACUCUAUUAAUAUGCAUGGAAUCCCUCCCUCUGGAGUGAUGCAUUUUGUGCAUUAAAUUCAGGGGAGAAACUUCAUAGAAAUCAAUGAACAUUCUUUCUUAAGUCUGCUUGUAUAUUUCCUCUGUCUUUCACAUAAAUAUAAACCAGCAGAUUGGAUGCCUUAACAAUGCAAAUCAUAUUCAUUUCACUUGUACAUUGUAACUGUGCACCAGAACUGUCAGUCAUCACUAACAUUGUAAAAAAAAAACAAACAAAAAACAGAAAAAAAACAAAAAACAAACAAAAGAAAAAAAAAACAAAGAAAUCGAAAAGCACAAAAGAACUGUUUUGUUACCUUAAGACAAUGUAACUUUUUUCUAGUAGACAAGAAAUUUACAACAAUGCUGCAACUGUGCAUGCCCCCCGUAUGGAUUUUGCAAUGGUUUUCACUAGACUGUCAAGAGUGCGA